AUAUAAUCUGUGGAACAGUUCAAUAUUUAAUUUGAUCGUGAUCGUGGAUCGUGAAUUCCUUAGCGGCGACAUAAAUAUUAUAGCAAAAUGUCUAAUAAAAAAAACAAGGAAAUACAAAGAGACGACAGUGAAAGUGAAGAAGAACAAGAAUCUGGCAGCGAGAGGGAUUCAGACUUUGAUUCCGAUGGAAAUUAUGUUGGCGAUAAGGAAUUACUAGCCGACUUUGAAGGACGAAACCCAGAAGAUUGUGACUUUCAUGGCAUUAAACAACUUUUGAGACAACUGUUUCUUAAAUCAAAUGUUGAUUUGGGAGCCCUAGCACAGAUUAUUAUUUCACAAAAUUAUAUUGGUAGUGUUGUUAAACAGUGCCUAGAUGAUGGACAAGAUGACGAUGAUGAUGACGAUGAUGGCAGUGAUGGAGUCUUUGGAAUGACCACUGUAAUAAAUAUUACCAAAAGAAAAGAUGAAAAUUGCAUAAAACAAGUCAGAUUAUUGCUAACCACACUGGCCAAUGAUAAUGCUGAUGAUCGAGUGAAAGCCCUAGUCAACAAAAUACUCUCAGACGAUGCUAAUCAUGUAGGCUUAAUUAUAAAUGAAAGGAUUCUCAACAUUCCAGCUGCUAUCAGCGUACCACUAUUCUCAUCACUACAGAAUGAAUUAGACAAAGCAUUAAAAAAGAACAUGCCCUACACAUUCCAGUACCUUGUAUGGAUUUGCAAAACAUACAAAACUGGUGAUGAGGAAUCAGAAGUAUUGUUUGCAAACCAAGAGGAGAAACCUUUAGUUGAAGAGGCUUUAGCAAGUUUUGAUGUGGAUGUGACGGAACAGGCAGAAUUAUCUCAGUGGGACUUUGAUGGAGGUGCUAUGACUCCUUGUAGGAAGGUACUAAUCUUUGAAGGCAGUAAAUUCAAUCAAUUAGUUAGGCUGCUGAAAGAAGAGGUGGAAAGUGCAUAAAAAAAUGCUUACUUGAAAUAAGUUAUGUCAUACUAUGCCAUUAUUACACUGGAUGUAAAAUUAUAUAUUUAUACUCUUUAAGAAUAUUAAAUUUACGCUAAGCUUAAG